AUGCUUUUCUUAUCGUUUGUCAGAAAUGCUAAAACUGUCUACCAAUUUAUCGAGACACAAACUGAUUCUGAUUAUUAUGGAACACGUUUUGUUAGCAAUAAUUAUAUGGUUGUCCUUAGUGAAAACCAGAACAGCCAUUUUCGUGUUGUAGCUGAUGUGCUUGGUCAUUUCUCAUGUGUAAAGUUUUUUUUCUUCGGAGAAAAUAAAAAUGAGGGAAACAAUUACUAUGUCAUUAAUGUGGCAGUAGGUCGUAAUCAAAAUGAAACUCAAUUAUACUUUAUUUAUUUGAUGGCAAGCAGAGCGAAUGGAUACCAAAGUCUCACUGUUGGUCGUAUCCAACUGGAUUUAGCUAUAGAAUGGAACAACGAACAUGGUCAUUACGAAUUAAUAGGAUGUUAUAAUGAAGUCGUUAAUUGGACAGACCACAGCUGGAAUAUUCCGCUUGAACCACAAUUAUUGUCAAACAUGCAAGUGGAUCUUAAGGGAGAGUAUGCCUAUAUAUUUUUUCGAGACAUCAUAUUCACCUAUGACAUAAAUGCAAAUAAGAUGAAAUAUGUCUGGAUGGCUAAUGAGAUAUCGCCAUAUUUGUUCAAUCCACAUGCACUGGACAUUGGCGAAACAAAUGACGAAACAAAAUCUGCCAUAAUUCCAGGCUAUGCGCAGGAAGAGAAAGAAGUUGGUAAAUCUUUACCCAUCGUCUGUCUUUUUGAACUUGAUCCACCAUCAAAUAUGACUCUUAUUAGUAACAUCACUCUUGAAAACACAACUGUAACAGAUAGUAUAGCUUUCUUUAGUAAUUAUGAUGACGUGAUUUCCGUUGUAAUUCAUGAUCGAACUAAAAAAGUUCUGGUUUCGAUGCCUUAUUUGGGCAAAGUGUAUCUUCUUUCAUUUAAUAGUACGGAUAUUGUUCUUAUUAGAUCGUUUACAAAGACAGCCCGAUCAAUUGCUUGGCUUGAUGAUGAUGGCAUAUUGGCAGCAUUUCUUAUUUUGGAUGAUCCAACACUUCCUUGGGCUCGAUCAAAAAUUCUAGUGAUUAACACAUCUGCAAAUAACGAUGAAGUGAUCUAUUUUUAUCCAAACAAUCAACAAAUACUUCUGCCUAUAUGGGGAGUACCAUCCUUUGUUCGAAUUUCAACAACCAGUUCUCAUCAAUUGCUCUUCUUAGAUAGCGAUGGAUGGAUAGGGAUAGUACCAAAAUCUCCACCGGGCCAUUGUGCUCGCAUGAAUGAACUCUUCUAUGACCAAACUUAUUUCGAAAAAUGUCCACCGGGAACAUACAAAAGCAGCAAUGAAGCAAGCCCAUGUCAAGUCUGCCCUCCAGGAACCAAAAGCAGCAUGCGCAAUAAUUCCAAUGGAGAAGAUGCGACAUCAUGCAGUCCUUGUUCGCUGGAUUCAUUUUGCCCACUAGCUUCAUUAAAUGAUGUCAACAUAUCAUUGUAUCCUAUUGUUGACGAUUCGUAUACUGAUCCUGAUGUGCCUUCAUGGGAUAGUUUCGAUGAUAUUCUCGUCAAUAAUGCAUUUUCUAUCAAUGGAAACUCCGGCGGUUGUGUCGUUAAAUCACCUAUGUUUUGGACUUGUAUAGUGCUUGGUAUCUGUCUAAUCAUACUCGUAACUAUGGGUAUUCUUUUCUAUUUUCCGGAAUCGAAAAUCUAUUUUGCACGUCUUCGAUUCAUAUUUCAACAGACGGACUUGAUUGGUGAGGGGAGAAUGUGGAUUGGUGGUCUAGUAUCAUUUGCAAUUAUGAUCCUUGUUAUUUAUGCUUUUUGGUUCAGUUUGGCUUUCAUAAAGUUAUAUCCUAUAGAAGAAUCAGGAGAUGCCAAUUUCGCAUGUAAUACAGGAUUACGAAAUUCAAAAUUCACUUCUGCGCUGCGAUUACUGUCUUCAAAAAAGUCUCAAACCGAUGCACCCAUGUUUCAAAUGUUGGAUGAUCAACAAUUUCAACUAACAGUUGAUUUCAUACAAACAGGAUUUGUAUGCAAUAAUAUCCACGCACAUGAAUAUGUUGGUCUUCAAUGGAUAGAUCUCAAGCCUAAUCGUUGUUUCCGUCAAGAAGACAAUGCAACAAGUACUAUUUCUAUUGACUUGCAUGAUCAUCAAAUGGGUCUUAUGUUCAAUUUGGCGGAUAAACUGUUGAAAUCUCAAAGCUACAACAAAUAA